AUGGAAACCCCCAGUACUCGAACAGUACAAGCGUUGCGCUUCUACAAGAAAGGACAGAUCCAACUGGAACAAGUCCCGACGCUGUCGUGUGGUCCUGACGAAGUCCGCCUCAAAGUCGCAUACUGCGGUAUCUGCGGAAGUGACAUUCAUGAAUUCCUCGGCGGGCCAAUCUUCCCACCACCCCAUGGCGAGAUCCAUCCCUUUACGGGGGUCAAGCUACCAGUCACCAUGGGGCAUGAAUUCUCUGGGACUAUCAUUCAGGUCGGUUCCGGCGUGAACAACUUAAAGCUGGGCCAGAAUGUGACUGUCAACCCUUGUCUGGACCACCGACACUACCAGGCAGAGCUUUGCGGCAUGUGUAAGAAAGGGAGGUACAACACCUGCGACGCCAUGACGACGUAUGGGCUUAACGCUCCUGGAGGCGGCUUCUGCGAAGAGACUGCAGUCAAGGCGAUGAACUGCUUUGUUCUACCUCCUGGCGUCAGCUUGAAGGCGGGUGCGUUGGCAGAGCCGCUCGCUGUCGCGCAUCACUGCGUCGAUAUCUCUGGCUUCCAAUCGGGCCAGACGGCCCUUAUCUGCGGCGCCGGUCCUAUUGGCCUUGCCCUUACUAUCACCCUUCGCGCGAUGGGCGCAGCAAAGAUCAUCGUUACUGAGGUCACGGAGUUACGGAUGGCACAAGCUAAGAAAUUUGGCGCAGACGUUGUCAUAAACCCCCUACAGAAGGUCGAUGGCAAUGAAACCCCCUAUACUGACCCUGUCUUGGCUGCCAUAUACGACGUCACCGUUGACGGGGUAGAUGUGGCCUUCGAUGCGACUGGAUUGCAGUCUACGCUGGACUUAGCUAUUGCUGGUGUCCGGACCGGGGGGACCAUCUUCAACGUCGCUAUUCACGAGAAGCCUCUCCUUCUGAACCUUAACAACCUAGCUCAAAAGGAAAAGAAACUGAUGGGCGGCAUUUGUUAUACCAAUGGGGACUUUGAGGCUGUGCUCCGCACUAUAGCUGAGGGCAAGAUCGACGUGGAGCAGAUGAUCACAUCUAUUGUCCCUUUGUCGAACGUGGUGGAUGGGGGUUUUAACGAACUGAUUAGUAAUAAAUCAGCCCACGUGAAGAUUCUAAUUCAGCCAGGUCAGUAA